UAGCGUUUCUGACUUUCUGUUCUGUGUUUGCGGCUUUUUGCCAGGCUGUUUAUUAUUAAUAUUUUGGUGUAAACAAUUUCGCAAAAGCUAUUCAUGUUUGUAAUAAAAACAUUAUAAAUGAAGAUGAACGCUACCAGCUUGUAUGUUUCAACAUGUCGGUUAAUAAUACUAGCCGACGCGGCUGAUAAAAGUUCGUGGACAGAUUUGUUUCGUUUAGUUCCAUAUUUACGGCAAUCAUUAUCGUGUACUGUGUGUGGAAACUUAUUAAAGGAGCCCUAUACACCAACGAGCUCCGGGUGCCAACAUCAUGUUUGUAAAAACUGCAAAGGUGGGAGGAAAAAACUGAAACCGUCUUGCGGUUGGUGUAAGGAUUACGAAAAUUAUACAGAAAAUUUACAGUUACGCAUUCUUCUGCAGUGUUACAAGAAAUUGUGUGAAUAUUUUAUGGGCACUGAUACAUACAAGAGUUUAUUAGAAGAAGAUGAGAUAGCGGCGGGUGUAAAUGGUGGUACUGUGGCCAGUUCGGGGUUGAUAGACUUGAUACAAGAGGGAGCGGGAUUCUCCGACGACUACAAGAGCACAGCAGGCCUUUCAAAGUCUGCAUAUAGCAUAUUACCUUGUGUUUAUACCAAUUCAGCGUCAACACAAACCCAAGUGGCAUCAACAUCAAGUAAUUCUGAUUCAAGAUCAACUAGUAAAGAUUCUCCAAAUUCUAGAGCUAUUUCAAAUGGGUCCCCACUUUACUCUGUUAUGUACGCAGGUUCGGGAAAUAAAAUCACUAUCAAAAGGAAAGCUGUAGAUGAAAUUGAUACUCCGCUGGCCGAAACGAGCACAAGAGAGAGCAAAGUAAAGAAAAAAUCAAAUCAACUAGGUUUUAAGAAGCCUUCUAACCGUUCCCGAAGUUCAACUAGUAGUAAAAGAAAAGGUUGUCGCUGCGGGAAUGCUACAGCCACACCCGGGAAAUUGACAUGUUGUGGUCAGAGAUGUCCGUGCUAUGUUGAAAGCAAGCCAUGUACUGAAUGCAAAUGUAAAGGGUGCAGAAAUCCUCACAGGCCUGAUGGAAUGAAGGUGCGUCCUCAUAUACCUCAACUGGACACACUGCAAUUAAAUCUGGGCACAAAUCCCGACAGCUCCCCGUCCUGCUCCGGCUCCAUGGAUAGCCUGGAUACUGACACACUCACGAUGGAAGCCAUGGAGGAAUCUCUGUCAUUCACCACUGAAUUGAAGUCAUCUAAUAUUAAAGUAUACACUAGUCAAUUACAAGAAGUGUCACCAUCUUUGCCCGCCACUAUAAUGAUGGACGAGGAGUUGCCGGGCUCCCCUGAAGACGACUUGAGCUCCCCCCACGAAUACACGCAAUGCUCUCCGCGAGACUGCAACGACGGCGACACGGCGUCGCCACAGUCGGCCACGCACGACGUUAACAGUGAUAUAGAAGUGGAUGUAUGACAACAACUUUCCAUUGCAGGUGACUAGAACUCUUUUCCCCAGUAACAGCAAUAUAAAUGGUCUACUAGUUGCGGCGGUUCAU